AUGAUUAGGACAACAUCCAUUUCCGAAUCGGAGAACAGUUUCUACAAAAGAUUUUUGAAGCCCCGUGCGAACAUAGCCGAGUUCUACUUGAAUAUCAACCAUGCUGUUGAGUUUCAGCGUAACAGUAGGACGGCGUUAGACUACCACGAUGCCACUGUUUUGCCCAUUUUGGCCACUACCUUGCCGUUUGAGAAACAUGCUUCAACGCUUUACACCGAUACGAUGUUCAGGAAAAUACAGGAAGAAAUCGUUGAUGGUAAUGAUAGAUGUCGCGUGCUAGGAUUUUCUUCUACUGAAUUUGUUGACACAUACAAGCUUGGGGAUAGCAAUCGCAAAUCGUAUUUGGUGACUCAUGAUAGGAGUGAUGAGUCGUAUUAUUGCGAAUGCAAACUCUUUGGUAGGCAUGGAUAUUUGUGCAGACAUAUUUUUUUUAUUUUCAUGAACAAUGAGUUGAAGAAAAUACCAGAAAAAUACUGCCAAAGUAGAUGGAUGAAGACUCCGCUAGCCAAGGCGGUCAAUGGGGAAAUUCAUGAUGACAUUCCUACCAGGUCUGUUGUUGACGAUAGGCAAGCAGUGUCAAAGCAAGGCAUUUCUAUGUUCUAUGGUUUCCUCCGGCGGUUCGAGGGAGACAUUGAAUUGCUAAGGGCAUUUGUAGGCGGUGUGGAAGACCUUGGUAAUUCUUUACAAGCUGGGAAUCCGACAACGUCAGCAACUGAAAAAGGCGAAUGA